AUUUUCCACGAGUCCUUGCGGCAUACCGGUACUGUCCAUGGCUUCUCUAUUCGGCGACGAUGGGGUUGAUGACUUGUUCAACGACAACGUGUGCGCGGACAACGACCAAUUGCCCAGCGAUGGCGAGGGGGAGAAACUAUUUGCCGACGACGAUGAGAACAAUGAAAAUGCAGAUGGAAAUCCUGAUGCUGGAGUCAAAGUGGAGCCCAAGAAGCGUGCUGUGCGCAAUCCAAGGCCGCGUCUCACAGUGGACACCCUGCGUGGCCCACGCGGCAUUCACACCAUCGAGAAUUACUUCAAGGAUGUCAAACUGAAGGGCAAGGGCCAUGAAAAAACUGAUCUGGAUGAGGUCUUGCGGCGGCUGCAGCACUGGGGUCAUCGCAUGUACCCCACCUACACAUUCGACGAUGUCCUCAACAACAUAGAGCGUCUGGGUAAGAAGAAGCCCCUUCAGGUGCACAUGUCACGAUAUCGUCUGGGACAACUGGAGGAUUUGCGCAUGCAGGAAGGGGACGCUGUCGACGAUGGCCAGGAGGAGCAGAACGAUGACGCAGCCGAUGAACCUUUUGACGAGUUCGAUGCUUUGUUGGGCGAACAGAUAGCCAUGUCUAAGCUGGCACCACACACACCAGCAGCCACGUAUCAGAGAUCCAAGUUAUCCAGCACGAGCACAAGUACUUUGGUUACGCCUUCCUUCUCCCGCCAUGCAGUUGUGUCCACUCCCUAUUCGACGGUGAAUGGUCCGACCUUCGAUAAAGAUGGUGCUCCUAUAGAUGCGCACGAUAUGAGUGAUUAUGGUCAGCCCUUGCCGUCUUCACAGCCUCCAACGCCAGCGACAAAGAAGCUAUCGGCGGAUCAAAUGGCGCGUAUAGCAGAGAAUCGAAGGCUGGCACAGGAGCGGCUACUGGCCAAGAAACAACAGCAACAAGAGCUGGAAUCAUAAUUUACGUGUAAAACUUAAGCAUUUUUAUUGAAGAAAAUAAAUUAGGAUUCGUUUGUAAGAAAGCUACAAUAUGUGCGUAUGUACAAAGAGCAGAAGCUCCUCCAAGUCAUGAUAGGGAUGGAUUUGUAGAGCCUCAUGUAUGAAGAAUACUUGUAAAACUAUAUACUAUGGUGUGAAUAAACUAAACACUUAUUGAAUACAAA